CAGGGCUGCAGGAGCACACGGUGGACUUUUAAAGGGACCGUUUCUACCCAAAGCAACCCAAUGUGGGCAUUGCUGGCUGUGCAGGUUGUGUGGCCCGGGAGUCAGGAUGGAGGAGCCAUGGCCAAAUCUCCCGCGCACGGUUCGGUGAUUGUCCCAGACUGGCACGAGACCGCGGAGGGCAAGGAGUACUUGACCUGCAUCCUGCGUAAGAAUCGCCGGCGGGUGUUCGGACUGCUUGAGCGGCCAGUACUGCCCCCACCUGUGGCCAUUGACACUGCCAGCUACAAGAUCUUUGUGUCUGGGAAGAGUGGUGUGGGCAAGACAGCACUGGUGGCCAAGCUGGCUGGCCUAGAGGUGCCCGUGGCACACCAUGAGACCACUGGCAUCCAGACCACUGUGGUAUUUUGGCCAGCCAAGCUACAGGCCAGUAACCGUGUUGUCAUGUUCCGGUUCGAGUUCUGGGACUGUGGAGAGUCUGCUCUCAAGAAGUUCGAUCACAUGCUACCGGCUUGCAAAGAGAACACAGACGCCUUCCUGUUCCUCUUCUCCUUCACGGACCGCACCUCUUUUGAAGACUUGCCUGGACAGCUGGCCCGCAUGACAAGUGAGUCGCCUAGUGUCGUCAAGAUGGUUAUUGGCUCCAAAUUUGACCAAUACAUGCAUACAGACGUGCCUGAGCGAGAACUCACAAUCUUCAGGCAGACCUGGGGGCUGCCCUUGCUGCGGGUGAAAAGUGUGCCAGGGCGGCGGCUAGCUGAUGGGCGCACACUGGAUGGGCGAGCAGGGCUGGCUGAUGUUGCCCAUGUGCUUAAUGGCCUUGCUGAGCAGCUGUGGUACCAGGACCAGGUGACAGCCGGCCUGCUUCCCAGCCCCUCAGAGAAUGCUCCUGGCUAAGGGGGAUGGCAUCAUGAGUGGACACCUAUGAGUCUCCACUCGGAGCCCCAAGGUAACAGGACCAAGGGCACGACCUAGAGCCUAAGGCUGCUCCCAUCUUGAGACUGGGCAGGUGGGGGAGGAGACCCCCACCCUGCAGAACAUAUCUUGCUGAAUUAGGAAGUGAGGAAGGAGUGGCACAAAGCUCCAGAGCAGGGCCCAAAGCUCUAGUCCCUCCCCCAGCCUUCCACUUCCCUUCUUCCGCAGCACUGGAGGUGAUGGGGAUGAGGGAGUCACAGGGUCCUGGACCUUACCAGGAGGUGACUUCAAGCGGGAUAAAACUCUGAA